UUCUCUCCUUUGUCUUCUUCUCUCAUCAUCAUCUCCAAUGGAAGCCAGCGCUGGACUCGUUGCGGGUUCACACAACCGCAAUGAACUUGUCGUCAUCCAUGGCCAUGAAGAGCCUAAACAACUGAAGAACUUGGAUGGCCAAGUUUGUGAGAUUUGUGGCGACGAAAUCGGGUUGACGGUCGAUGGAGAUCUUUUCGUGGCCUGCAACGAGUGUGGUUUUCCGGUUUGCAGGCCUUGUUAUGAGUAUGAAAGGAGGGAAGGGAGUCAACAAUGUCCUCAGUGCAAAACUAGAUACAAGCGUCUCAAAGGGAGUCCUAGAGUGGAGGGAGAUGAAGAUGAAGAAGAUGUUGAUGAUAUCGAACAUGAAUUCAACAUCGAUGAUGAACAAAACAAACAUAGGAAUAUUGCAGAAUCGAUGCUCUAUGGGAAGAUGAGCUACGGUAGAGGCCCUGAAGAUGAUGAAAGUUCUCAAAUCCCAUCAGGUUUAGCCGGUAUCAGAUCGAGGCCGGUGAGCGGUGAAUUCCCAGUAGGAAGCUCUCUUGCUUACGGGGAACACAUGUCGACUUCUUCCCUCCAUAAACGAGUUCAUCCAUAUCCCACAUCUGAACCUGGAAGUGCAAGAUGGGAUGAAAAGAAAGAGGGAGGAUGGAGAGAAAGGAUGGAUGAUUGGAAAUUGCAGCAAGGAAAUUUGGGUCCUGAAAAUGAUGAUGCCUAUGAUCCUGACAUGGCCAUGCUCGAUGAAGCUAGGCAGCCCUUGUCAAGGAAGGUGCCAAUUGCAUCCAGCAAGCUCAAUCCUUACCGUAUGGUGAUCGUGGCUCGUCUGGUUAUCCUUGCUUUCUUUCUCCGUUAUCGAAUUAUGAACCCGGUGCAUGAUGCGAUCGGGCUGUGGCUAACUUCUAUUAUAUGUGAAAUCUGGUUUGCCUUUUCAUGGAUCCUUGAUCAGUUCCCUAAAUGGUUCCCCAUUGACCGUGAGACGUAUCUCGAUCGCCUUUCCCUCAGGUAUGAGAGGGAAGGUGAGCCCAACAUGCUUGCUUCGGUUGAUAUCUUUGUCAGUACAGUGGAUCCACUGAAAGAACCCCCUCUAGUAACAGCAAAUACGAUUCUAUCGAUCUUGGCCGUGGACUAUCCGGUGGAUAAGAUCUCUUGCUACAUUUCUGAUGAUGGAGCUUCCAUGCUUACUUUUGAAGCAUUGUCCCAAACAGCUGAAUUUGCCAGAAAAUGGGUGCCAUUCUGUAAGAAAUUCACUAUAGAGCCCCGAGCACCAGAGAUGUACUUCACUUUAAAGGUUGAUUACCUCAAGGACAAAGUCCAGUCAACAUUUGUGAAGGAACGCCGAGCUAUGAAGAGAGAAUAUGAAGAAUUCAAGGUUAGGGUAAAUGCACUUGUAGCCAAAGCCCAGAAGGUUCCUCUAGAAGGGUGGAUCAUGCAAGAUGGGACACCAUGGCCAGGAAACAAUACCAAAGAUCACCCUGGUAUGAUUCAAGUCUUUCUUGGUCAAAACGGAGGCCAUGAUACCGAAGGAAAUGAGCUUCCUCGCCUCGUUUAUGUAUCUCGAGAGAAAAGGCCUGGUUUCGCACAUCACAAGAAAGCUGGUGCCAUGAAUGCCCUUGUUCGUGUUUCUGGAGUGCUUACAAAUGCCCCUUUUAUGUUGAACUUGGAUUGUGACCAUUAUAUUAAUAACAGCAAGGCUGUAAGAGAGGCCAUGUGUUUCUUGAUGGACCCUCAAAUUGGAAGAAAGGUCUGCUAUGUCCAAUUCCCUCAACGAUUUGAUGGUAUUGAUAGGCAUGAUCGAUAUGCCAACCGAAAUACAGUUUUCUUUGAUAUUAACAUGAAAGGUCUAGAUGGUAUACAAGGCCCCGUGUAUGUCGGCACUGGCUGUGUUUUCAGAAGGCAAGCUCUAUAUGGUUAUGAACCACCGAAGGGGACUAAGCGCCCAAAGAUGGUAACCUGCGGUUGCUGCCCUUGUUUUGGACGCCGUAGAAAGGAUAGCAUGCACUCUAAGGAUGGUGAAAAUGCAAAUGGUCCAAGCCUGGAAGCAACCGAAGAUGACAAGGAGUUCUUGAUGUCCAACAUGAACUUUGAAAAGAAAUUUGGACAGUCAGCCAUUUUUGUAAAUUCAACCCUGAUGGAACAAGGUGGUGUCCCUCCUUCCUCAAGCCCUGCAGCUCUGCUCAAAGAAGCCAUUCAUGUAAUCAGUUGUGGUUAUGAAGACAAAACAGAAUGGGGGAGCGAGCUUGGCUGGAUUUAUGGCUCAAUUACGGAGGAUAUUCUAACAGGUUUCAAGAUGCACUGCCGUGGAUGGAGGUCAAUAUACUGCAUGCCGAAGUUGGCUGCAUUCAAGGGUUCAGCUCCCAUCAAUCUCUCGGAUCGUCUCAACCAAGUCCUUCGAUGGGCGCUCGGUUCUGUUGAAAUUUUCUUUAGUCGUCACUCCCCUUCGUGGUACGGCUACAAGGGAGGAAAGCUAAGGUGGCUCGAGCGAUUCUCAUAUAUCAACACAACCAUCUACCCCUUCACAUCUUUACCACUCCUCGCCUACUGCAGCCUCCCAGCAAUCUGUUUACUUACUGACAAAUUCAUCAUGCCACCGAUAAGCACCUUUGCAAGUCUAUUCUUCAUUGCUUUGUUUCUUUCAAUCUUCGCAACUGGCAUUCUUGAGCUAAGGUGGAGUGGAGUAAGCAUCGAGGAAUGGUGGAGAAACGAGCAAUUUUGGGUUAUUGGUGGCAUUUCGGCGCACCUGUUCGCCGUCAUCCAAGGCCUGUUGAAGGUUCUAGCCGGUAUCGACACUAAUUUCACCGUCACAUCCAAGGCAACAGAUGAUGAGGAGUUUGGAGAAUUGUAUGCCUUCAAAUGGACAACCCUCCUGAUUCCACCAACCACAGUCUUAAUCUUCAACUUGGUAGGAGUUGUUGCAGGCAUCUCGGAUGCCAUAAACAAUGGAUACCAAUCCUGGGGACCUCUCUUUGGAAAGCUCUUCUUCUCCUUCUGGGUCAUUGUCCAUCUCUAUCCAUUCCUUAAAGGUCUAAUGGGGAGGCAAAACAGGACACCAACCAUUGUGGUGAUAUGGUCAGUGCUAUUGGCCUCAAUCUUCUCCUUGCUUUGGGUCCGAAUCGACCCGUUUGUGCUGAAAACCAAGGGACCGGACACAACGAUGUGCGGCAUCAACUGUUGAAAAAUUUCGUUUUGCGUGUUUAUAUGGAUUAUGCAUAUCCGUUCUUGCUCAUACGAGUAUAUGGUAUGUGUGAUGUAUGAACAAAAAAAACGUGGAGAUGCACAAGAAAGAAUAAAAUUAGAGUGAAAAGUUGUAUGUUAA